CUCUGAAAAGGCUGCGUGAAGCUGCCAAUAGCAACGACUUGGACACAGUGCAGCAACUCUUGGAGGAUGGAACUGACCCCUGUGCCGCGGACGACAAAGGCCGGACAGCCCUGCACUUUGCCUCCUGCAAUGGCAAUGAUCACAUCGUGCAACUGCUUCUGGACCAUGGGGCUGACCCAAACCAGAGAGAUGGGCUGGGAAACACCCCCUUACACUUGGCUGCCUGCACGAACCAUGUUCCUGUCAUCACCACGUUGCUGCGCGGAGGGGCCAGAGUUGAUGCCUUGGAUCGAGCUGGCAGAACCCCACUGCACCUCGCUAAAUCAAAGCUAAACAUCCUGCAGGAAGGACUCUCCCACAGCCUGGAGGCUGUACGCCUUGAAGUGAAACAGAUUAUCCAGAUGUUGCGGGAAUACCUGGAGCGACUGGGGAGGCAUGAGCAAAAAGAACAGCUGGAUGACCUCUGCUCCAGGUUACAGAUGACUAGCACAAAAGAGCAGGUGGAUGAGGUUACAGACCUCCUGGCCAGCUUCACGUCACUCAGCCUGCAGAUGCAGAAGAUGGAGAAGAGGUAGUGGGCUUCAAAAUCAUCUUCCUGAUGCAGCAGGAGAAGCCUUAGAGAGAAAAAGAGGAAGCUGAAGCUUGCUUCCCAGAUUGCUGAAUAAACAUUGCUGCCAGCAGCUGUUCCUGCCAGAUCCACUCUCCAGUGGUGCUCAGACUGUCCCUGUGG